AUGGCAAUCGGAGACCGAAUCCGGUCUUAUGUGGAUGAUCCGAACGCGACGCGACCCAAAGAUUUUUUACCCGAACCCGAUCCGAAUCAAUAUUUUUUAUAUUCACCCGAACCUGACCCGAUCCGAAGUGGCGCUGUGACUGUUGGAGCUUGUGCAUACGUAGUCUCCAUUGUCUGGUACUUAGCUUACGCUCGUCAUCAAGGUUUCGAAUCAUUCCAAGGUCGACGUCGCAUUCAACAAGUAGUAUUAGAACAAGAUAUUCGGGAUGUACAAGAUGAUACUAACAAUGAGGAAGGCGAAAAUGAUACAGAUGAAGAGGGAGGAGAUGACGAUUCUGAUUGA